GCCCCCGGCAUCUUGUCUUUACUACACUAUGCACCUCAAAUAGCCUGAGUAUUUACUUAUCAUCCCAACGCUAAGGCAGAUCCUGUGACUCCCUGCGCAGAGAGUCUCCCACCUAGAUUAGAAAUUCUCUGAGGGCAGGAAUUGAGUUUCUCCUCCAACACUGACCCGACACUGGUUUCUCGAUUGCUUGCCAGCAGAGAAACGGGCCAAGAUUCCCCGAGGUCCUAAACAGUGUUAUGAUCCCUGAAAAGCCCCCUAGUGCAACCCCCUACAAUACAAAUCGGCACUCUUUCCCAGGGAAAAACACCACAGGUCUCCCGGCUCACGCCCCACGAAGGAGCAGCAGGGUCGGGGGUCUACGAUUCCUAAUUCCAGGUUAAACUGCUGUGUGACCUCGCGUAGAGAGAGUUUGUAGGGUCAAACUACUCUUCUAGAAGAUUUGGAAGAGUCAUUCCUGCAGAAAGCCGGACUCUAGCUAUUCAUCCUCCCGUCUUCCCCCCUACGUCCAAAGGAUGGAACAUUCAGAGGCUUUCCCCAUCCCGAGGCUCCGCCUCCAAGUUGACGCCACGAGGAGUUCCCCACAUCACAGACUCUUGGAAAAAUCAGACCUGUUGACCCAUUUCACAGAAAAGCUGCCACCUGAACCUCCUAGUGAACUUGUUCAUCUCCCUUCGGGGGAGGAGGAGAAGGCGAGGCCAGUGCCGGAUUCUGCCCAAUCACCUGAGGACCUCAGAAGGAAAUGGGAGGAAGAAGUGGAUAAAGUCAAACUGGUCUGUGGGGAGAUGGCAUACCAAGUGGUAGAGAAGAAUAUGACCUUGAGCUCCCAGGAUGCUAUGCUGGAGGAGCAGCUGGGCAGGCUGUCAGCUCUGGAUGCCAGGGUGCGUGACUUAGAAGAGACACGUCAGUGGCUGGCGGAGCAGGUGGCUGGGCAGCAGGACAGAAUCAUGGAAGGGAAGGAGGCCUAUGACACACUGUGGGCCCAUACCGGACACCAGGAAGGGGCCUUGAGACAGCUGGAGGAGGAAGGCCGUGAGCUAGUGGAAAGGCUGAUCCAAGUCAAGAUGCAAGCAGCUGAGGACCAGAAUUACCGCAAUGAGCGGAUUGAGAGGGUCAAGCAAGCCAGGCUUUCCAAGGAGCUGAAGAAGGCGAUGAGGAGGACAGUUAACAUCUCUGAGACCCUGGACCCUCCAAGCAUUGUGGAGCCUCCUGCCCAUAAGCAGGAGCUCUUAGAGGUAGAAACCUGUGAGAAACGAUGGAAACGACCCUUUAGGUCGGCCUCCGCCACGUCCAUGACCCUGGCACGCUGUAUGGAUGUAAUGAAGGGGCUAUUGGAUUUUAGGAAGAGAAGGGGUCAUUCUGUGAGUGGGACCCCUGAGGCCCGAUAUACAAGUAUUCCUGUGUGUGGGGUCUCCUGUCUCCCAGCCAGAGCUCAGGACAUUCAGGAGGCUCACUGUUCUGAGGUUAAUGCCGUCUGCUUCAGUUCCAACAGCAGCCUCCUGGCCACAGGCGGGGCUGAUCGGCUCAUCCGCCUCUGGAAUGUGGUUGGAGGCCGCCUGGAAGCUGAUCAGAUGUUGGAAGGGGCGGGGGGGAGUGUGACAAGCCUGGAGUUUGAACCAUCGGGCUGCUAUUUGCUAGCAGCGACUUACAACAAAGCUGCCCAGCUCUGGAAGGUGGGCGAGAGCCAAUCCAAGGAAACACUGUCUGGACACACAGACAAAGUGACCGCAGCCAAGUUCAAGCUGACCCGGCAGCAGGCAGUGACGGGGAGUCGAGACCGGACUGUGAAAGAGUGGGAUCUCAAUAAAGUGUCAUGCUCGCGAACUAUCGACGGUGUCUCCUACUGCAAUGACGUGGUAUGUGGAGACCAUCUCAUCAUCAGUGGUCACAACGACCAGAAGAUUCGAUUCUGGGACAGCAGGGUGCCCCGGUGCAUACAGGUGAUUCCUGUGGAGGGAAGGGUCACCUCUCUCAGCAUCAGCAGUGACCAGCUGCACCUCCUCAGCUGCUCCCGGGAUGACGCCCUUAAGGUCAUUGACCUUCGAGCCAACAACAUUCGCCAGGUCUUCAGGGCUGAUGGCUUCAAGUGUGGUUCCGACUGGACCAAAGCCGUGUUCAGCCCAGACAAAAACUUUGCCCUUGCUGGUUCUGCCGAUGGCGGCCUCUACAUCUGGAAUUUGGACAGUGGCAAGCUGGAGACCAGCCUCUAUGGGCCCCACAGCGUCUCCAUUAAUGCAGUGGCCUGGUGCUGUGCUGGAACACAUGUUGUAAGUGUGGAUCAGGGGAAGAAGGCUGUGCUUUGGAGUUAAUCUGGCCUUGACUGACAGCCCCUGGAGCUGGGAGCCUCCUCCCCAUGGUCCUGGAUGAGGCUCUGGCUGGUUCUAGAGCCCGAGGUGCCAGGGAAGUGCACCAAGGACCCAGUUGUGGGGAGCUUUGGGUCUGGAGGGAAAGGACUGGGUCCUAUCUUAAGUACUCUGUCUUUGUAAACAUUCAAAGGGAAAGAGGACGCAUUUUUUUUGCAUUAAAACUUUUGACUGAU